CACUUCCUUAAUAACUUCCCAAAAACUACUGCUUGCAUCAAAUUUCAAGUAGCCUACGUAUUGUAAGUGGUAAAGUGCUUGAAUGAAGCAAUUAGUCAUUUAAAAAUACUUAGUAAAGUUGUGGGUAUUCUUAAAGUAUCCCUACAGCCAAUUUGGGGGCUGAUAUAGAGAGUGUUUUAAUAUAGAGGGUAUUUGCAGAUAGAGAAGAGAAUAACACUUCCUUGUAUUUCAAGUUGCUCAGCACUGCCCAGGGAACAUGACCUUCGCACCAGAGCUGAGUUGUCCUACAAUCCCACUUUCCAAUGGUCUGCAGAUUCCGUUACUGGGAUUAGGCACAUCACAUAAUGGCGGGUACUCCCAUGACGCUGUUGUGCAUGCACUCAGUGAGUGUGGCGUGCGCCACAUUGACACAGCAAAGCGCUACGGCUGCGAGAAGGAACUGGGUGACUCUAUCACAGAAAGCGGGAUCCCACGAAGUGACCUGUGGGUCACCAAUAAACUGUGGCACGGGGACUAUGGAUACAAAGCUGCAAAGAAGGCGUGCCUUGACUCUUGCUCCAAAAUGGGGGUGGAAUAUUUUGAUCUGUACCUGAUGCACUGGCCAGAGUCACCGCAACAUGGUCGCUCCAACAGGGAGAUGAGAGCUGAGACUUGGAGAGCUUUGGAGGAACUGUAUAAAGAAGGGCUGUGCUGUGCUAUCGGAGUGAGCAACUUCCUCGUCCAUCACCUGGAAGAGUUAAAGGAAGACUGUACUGUCGUGCCACAUGUCAACCAGGUGGAGUACCAUCCUUUCCAGCAGCCCCGUCACCUGAUGGAGUACUGUCGCCAGCAGGGAAUUGUGUUUGAAGGGUACAGUCCUCUGGCCAAGGGUCAGGUCCUCAGCAACCCGACUGUUCUCCAGAUAGCAGAAAAAUACAGACGCACACCUGCUCAGAUCUGCAUCCGCUGGAGCAUUCAGAAUGGAGUUGUUACAAUUCCUAAAUCUACAAAAAAGAAGAGGAUUCAAGAAAACUGUCAAGUGUUUGGGUUUCAGCUGGAGGAGUCGGACAUGGCCGCUUUGGGAGGAUUACAUGAUGGAAGACAUGUGUCCUGGGAUCCAACAAAUGUGGAGUAACAUUAUGCAAGAAAUCCACAGAGUGUGCUCGUCUUUGAAUUAGUUUUUUCAGUACUCUAUAUUGACG